ACAAUUCACAGAGUAAAAUUCGAAAAUGGCAAACCGCACGGUGAAAGACGCUAAAUCUAUUCGCGGAACAAAUCCGCAAUAUUUGAUCGAGAAGAUUAUCAGAUCUCGGAUAUACGACUCUAAAUACUGGAAAGAAGAAUGUUUCGCCCUGACAGCCGAACUGCUGGUCGACAAGGCGAUGGAGUUGAGGUUUAUAGGAGGAGUGUACGGUGGCAAUGUGAAGCCUACGCCGUUCCUCUGUCUCAUAUUGAAAAUGCUCCAGAUACAGCCCGAGAAGGACAUCAUAGUCGAGUUUAUAAAGAACGAAGAGUUCAAAUAUGUUCGAGCGCUUGGUGCACUGUACAUGAGAUUGACCGGCUCCUCCCUGGACUGUUACAAGUAUCUCGAACCGUUAUUCAAUGACAACAGAAAGCUCAGAAUGCAGAACAAACAGGGCGUAUUCGAGCUCAUACACAUGGACGAAUUCAUUGACAAUCUUCUCAGGGACGAGCGGAGUUGCGACGUUAUCUUACCGAGGAUACAAAAGAGGCACGUUUUAGAGGAAAAUAAUGAGCUAGAAGGGAAGAUAUCGGCGUUGGAGGACGAUAUGGAUGACGGUAUUGAAUCGUCGGAGGAAGAGGAGAUUCCACCGGUUAAAGAAUUGCCGCGCAAGAGGCCGGACGACCACGAGCGGGACAGGGACCGUCACAGAGACAGGGAUAAGAGGCAUUCCCGAUCCGAGAAGAAGUCCGACAAGGAGAAGCAAAGAUCGAGGAGCAGGGAGCGGGACAGAGAUAGGGACAGGAGAGAACGUAAACGCAGCAAAUCGCCGAAAUCGCACUCGUCGUCGCACAAAGACAAGGAGAGGGACCGGGAUCGUCACAGAAGGGACGACAGAGAGAGGGAGAGAGAACGGGAAAGAGAAAGGGAGCGAGAUCGUAGAAGAGAACGCGAUAGAGCUAGACAUUGAAGUGUGUUUUUGUCGAAUUUAUAUAAACCCGAAUAGCAAAGAGAGAUAGACCAAUUGGUAAUGUUUCUUCAAUUUUUCCUUAUACUCUCGUUCGUAUAUUUUUAGCGUCAGUAUAUGACAUUUAUAAGAAUUUCGUAUUAAAAUUACAACACGGAAUUAAAUCCCUUGUAACAUAUUCAAAUGUAUGUACAUUUUCACAUUAUUUACGUUAUAUUACAAUUGCUUUAUUAAAUAAAAAAAAAAUAGCGACAUCGAUGCAUAAUAA